AUGUCGGGCCAGGCGUGGAAAGCCCUGAGCACCACCGACAAGCGCCCCUUCGUGGAGGAGGCCGAGAUGCUCAGGAUCCAGCACCUGCAGGACCACCCCAAUUACAAGUACCGUCCCCGCCGGAAGAAGCAGGCCAAGAAAAUCAAGAGGAUGGAACCAAGCAUCCUUCUCCACAACCUGCCACAGCCCUGCGGCGAGAAUUUCUCCAUGGGCCACCGCGGGGCCUCCAGUGGCAUCAGCCACUCCCAGCCUCCGCCACUGAACCACUUCCGGGAACUGCGCUCCAUGGGGUCGGAGAUGGAGAACUACGGCCUCCCGACCCCGGAGAUGUCCCCUCUGGAUGUCCUAGAACAGGCGGAGCCUGCCUUUUUCCCGCCUCACAUGCAGGAUGACUGCAAUGUCAUGUCCUUUCGCGGGUACCACCCACCUCCUCCUCCUCCUCCGCCACCGCCGAUGGAGUUUUCCCCGGAAAAAAACCUGGGGAGGAACAUGGUCAUGGGGUACCCCCCCAACCCGCCCUCCCACCUGGCCGAAGCCAUGAGGACUCCUCACCCGUCUGGGAUGUACUACAACCAGAUGUGCGCCGCGGGAGCCGCCAACGGGCUGUCGGCCCACCUGGGCCAGCUCUCCCCUCCUCCUGAAUCGCACCAGCUGGAUGGCGUGGAGCACUUGAACCCCAACGAGCUGUGGACAGAAGUGGACCGCAACGAGUUCGACCAGUAUUUGAAUAUGAGCAGGACUCGUCCGGAUCCUUCGGGCUUCGCCUACCACGUUUCCAUGUCCAAAGUGACUCCGCGGAGCUGUGAGGACAACAGCCUCAUCUCCGCCUUGUCUGAUGCGAGCAGCGCUGUUUAUUACAGCACCUGUAUCACCGGGUAAACAUCGAAUUGAGGGAGAGGUUUGGGGCAGCCCCCACAAGCUGGGGUGGGGGGGCGGGAACCGCUGUCUCCUCAGGGGCGCUGGGAAAUUCGAGCGGACGGGACAUGCUCUGGAUGGCUGCCGUUUGGUUUCCCGGGACUCCUUGGGGUAAGCUAGGACAGCGAAUCCAGUAUGAAUAGGAAAGGAGAUUGGGGCGCAGACGUAUAAGUAGCCCUUGAGUUACAACCACUUAUUUAGCGUCCAUCCCGACGGCACUGCAAAAAAAGGUGACUCAGGACUGGUCCUCACACUUAUGACUGUCGUAGCAUUCCCUACCCCCGUCAUGUGAUCGCGUGGCAAGUGGCAUGUAUUUAACUGCCACUGUUUGCAACCUUCCCCUCCAGCUCCUGACAACAAAGUCAAUGGGGCAAGUUGGAUUUGUUUAAUGACCACUCGAAUCACUUAACAGCUGCAGGGAUUCACUAACCGCUAGGGCAAAAAAAAAAAAAAAAAAGGCCGUAUAAUCGGGAGUGAUUUGCUUACUGCUGCCUUGUUUAACAAUGGAAAUCUUGGCCUCCCUUGUGGUUGUAAGUCGAGGAUUACCUGCGUCCGUUUAGA